AUGCGGAGAUAUAGUACUUCAGAAGAGGAUGCUGAGAGACGUCGUUCGUCGGUGCUCAUUAAUGAUGAUAUCGAGGAAGCCCCGACAGAGCAUUCGCAGCUUCUGCCAAAGAAGCAUGAUGAUGAUGAUCAGUCAACCAGCCAGGAGGAAGGGGAGGUGAUGGACAUUUUACCUGAGGAUGGCACUUCUUCCAGGAAACUCAUCCUUCACGAAUUCUGGGUGCUCUUCAAAGGUUCAAUCCCAGUGGUUUUGGCAUAUACGCUCCAAAACUCUCUUCAAACGGUUUCGAUCCUUAUUGUCGGCCAAGCUUCACCACAAGAUCUCUCAACUGCAGCAUUCUCUUACAUGUUUGCUAUGUGCUCGGCUUGGUUGAUUGGCAUGGGAGGUUCGACGGCUCUGGAUACACUGGCAUCAUCUACCUUUACUGGAAGCAAGAAUAAGCAUGAUUUGGGCGUCUUACUGCAACGUUCUUUUAUCGUGCUGACCUUGUUCUACAUUCCUGUCGCUAUUAUAUGGGUUGCAUCGGAACCUCUCUUCAAAGCCUUGGGUCAGAACCCUCAAUUGUCAAGAGAUAGUGCCAAAUUUCUGACAUGUCUCAUACCUGGUGGUCUUGGCUAUAUCUAUUUCGAAACGAUGAAGAAAUACCUUCAGGCACAAGAAAUUAUGCGACCCGGUACUUAUGUGCUGCUGAUCACUUCCCCAAUCAGUGCAGCAUUGAACUAUCUGUUUGUGUACACACUAGGAUGGGGUCUUUUUGCUGCUCCAUUCGCAACAGGAAUCGGCUACUGGCUGUCGUUCCUCGGACUUGUCCUCUAUGCCAAAUUCGUUGCUGGUGGUGAAUGCUGGGGCGGAUGGACCAAGAAAUCAUUGCAAAACACUACAACUUUUGCAAAACUUGCUGCACUGGGAGUCCUUCAUGUUGGAACAGAAUGGUGGGCAUUUGAAAUUGUGGCAUUGGCAGCUGGUCGACUGGGCGAGAUUCCCCUUGCUUCACAGAGUGUCAUUAUGACUGCAGACCAAGUUUUGAAUACUAUACCCUUUGGUGUCGGUGUAGCAGUUAGCGCUCGAGUUGGAAACAUGCUUGGAUCAAGAAACGCCAAAGGUGCAGCAAGGUCCGCCAAUGUCGGUGCAUGGCUGAGUAUCCUACUCGGCGGUUUCGUGCUAGCCGUUCUCAUGGGAACAAGGAAUCACUUUGCGAAAAUCUUUAAUGACGAUGUAAGAGUGAUCAAGCUUACUGCAGAGGUUCUACCAUAUGUCGCUCUAUUCCAAAUCGCCGACGGCCUGAACGGGAGCUGUGGUGGAGCCCUGCGCGGUAUGGGUCGGCAACAUAUUGGUGCUGCGGUCAAUCUUAUCAGUUAUUACUGUGGUGCACUACCGCUGGGUAUAUGGCUUGCAUUCCAUGGCUGGGGACUCGCUGGUCUCUGGGUUGGUCAAUGUAUUGCCCUAUAUCUGGUAGGAAUUGGAGAAUGGGUCAUUGUCGCCUGGAGUAACUGGGAUUAUCAGGUUGAACAGGCGUUUGCGAGGAUGGACAAGGAUGAACUUGUUGAAAACGGUCAAGCUGGUCCUGCUCCCGUCUCUAACUGA